GAUUUUAGGGCAAUUCCUUGAUAUCGAAUCGAGUCUACGGGUGUGGCAUUUGAUUGAUUCUGGUAUGUGUUCUCUGAUACUCCGUGGAAGAGGAUCUAUUGACUUACAGAAAUGGCGUAACGUUAAUGUAUUAUCAUCUGCUUUUUCCAAUUCCUUCUCUUCUCUUGUUGCUACUGCGAGCCUUAGUAGAGAUGGUCGUAAAGGUAAGAACUUUACAGUCUCUUACCUCGUUGGCUCAUUGGGUAUACCUAAAAAACUCGCAGACUCGAUUUCAAGUAAGGUCACCAUUAAGGACAAGUCAAAUCCUGAUUCAGUUCUGAGUCUUUUGAGAAGUAAUGGGUUCACAGAUUCUCAGAUCUCAAGCAUCGUUACGGGUUAUCCAACAUUGCUUGUAUUAGAUGCUGAGAAAUCAGUUGCUCCAAAGCUUCAGUUUUUGCAGUCAAGAGGAGCUUCAAGCUCUGAGCUCACUCAGAUUGUUUCGUCAGUUCCUGAAAUCUUGGGGUUAAGAGCGGGUAAAGGUAUAAGCAGAUACUAUGAUUUCAUCAAAGAGGUUUUAGAAAUGGAUAAAAAGAGUUCCAAGUUGUGUCAUUCUUUGCCACAGGGUAGUAGGCAGGAGAAUAAAAUUAGGAAUCUUUUGGUUUUGAGAGACUUGGGUGUGCCUCAUAAGUUACUAUUCUCAUUGCUUACAUCCCGUGGAAAACCUGUUUGUGGUAAAGAAAGAUUUGAAGAAUCCAUCAGGAAGAUAGUUGAGAUGGGUUUUGACCCGACCGAACCAAAGUUUGUCAAUGCUCUCCAUGUCUUUUACGAAAUGAACGACAAGACAAUAGAAGAUAAAGUCAAUGUUUACAAAAGGUUAGGCUUUGAUGUGGAAGAUGUAUGGGUGAUCUUCAAAAAGUGGCCUUACUCUUUGAAAUUCUCAGAGGAGAAGAUUAGUCAGACAUUUGAAACCUUGAAGAUGUGUGGUUUGGAUGAAAACGAGGUGAUUCAAGUGUUGAAGAAGUAUCCGCAGUUCAUACGUAUUUCAGAGCAGAGGAUAUUGAACUUUCUUGAAACAUUUCUAGGUCUAGGAUUCAGCAGAGAUGAGUUUGCCAUGAUACUCAAGUGUUUUCCUAUGUUCUUUGGAUUGUCUAUAGAGACGGUUAAAAAGAAGACUGAGUUUGUGGUGAAGAAGAUGAAUUGGCUGCUAAAGGACAUGGCUUUGUUCCCUCAGGUACUUGGAUACAGCUUGGAGAAGAGGAUUGUGCCAAGGUGUAACGUAAUCAAAGCUCUCAUGUCUAGAGGAUCGCUUGGAAGCAAACUCCCUUCAAUGUCGUCUGUAUUGACAUCUAACGAUGAUGAUUUCUUAAAAAGGUUUGUGAGGAAGCACAAUGACGAGGAGCUUGUGGCUGAGUUGAUGGCUAUCUUCACUGGAAAGAAGAGAAAGUUCCGAGUGAAAUCCAUAAAGGGUUCUUAGUCCACAUCCUAUAACUCUGGUUCAAGCAUCAUUCUUUCAGUGACACGACACAAGUUCUGAAAAUGAGAGAAAGUCUCUUCUGUAAAGUUCAGAUAUUAGUUCUAAUAAAUGAUUUUAAGAGCCAAUGAUUCAUCAUUCGAUUAGUUAGUAAUUAGUUACCCUUGAUGGAUUCAUUCCUUUUUCUCCUUGGGAGUUUCUCGGUUUGUAACAAGUGGUAUAUUGGUUGGAAGAAUCAGUCUGAUUAUUUUCAUAUGAAUUGUUUUCCUCUGUUU